UUUGUGGCAAUGAGGACAAAAUGGAAACGACAUGUGUGCAUCCUUCUGCCCAACAAGCAGCACCUGGACUGUGCUGUGAGGGUGAGAGCCCGAGGCCGUGAGGUGUUGAACAGCGUGUUGAAGCAGCUCGUCAUCUGCGAUCUCCAAGUGUUUGGUCUGGCUCUUCUCAGAGAUCACGAAUAUCUCUUUGUCGAUCUGGACCAAAAGCUGAGCAAGUACUUCGGCAAAAGAUGGAACACAGGUUCUUUAAAGGUCCCGUUCAUCUUAUUUCUGAGAGUGCAGUUUUAUGUAGAGACCGGGCAGCUAAUAAUGAGCAGCAGAGAGCAGCAGCUCUACUACUCUGAGCUGAGGCAGAAGGUGCUGCGAUCUCAGAGCCGCCAUCAGGAGGCUUUGUUCUUCCAGCUGGCAGCCUCGGCGCUCCAAGCUGAAGUCGGAGAUCUGGAGCAGACAGAUGAAGAAGGAGAGGAGAGAAAACAGAGGCAUUGCUUUCUUCCUGAAGAUUACUUCCCCUCUUGGCUGAUAAAGCGUAGAGGGAGAGACUUCCUGCUCCAGCACUGUCCGGUGUUGCACGGUGAACUGAGAGGGCUUCCACGCAGCCAAGCCGUCCUGCGGUUUAUAAAGGAAGCCAGCAGCCUGCAGGACGGAGCAGUGACCUUCUACAGGAUGAAGCAGAAGAAAAAAGAGCUCAGAAGUUCAAUCCUUCUUGGUGUGGCAGUGAAAGGAGUCCAUAUUUAUCAGGAGGUGGAAGGGAGGCAGUGUAUGCUGUAUGACUUUUCCUGGAUCGAUAUCGACCGCCUCACUUUCCAGGGCAGCAGGUUUGAGAUGGCUGCAGUGGGCUCUCUGUGCCUCCCUAAGCUGGUGUAUCACACUCAUUCAGCCUUCCACUCCAAACACAUCCUGAAGCACCUCAGCGACAGCCACCGACUCCACAUCAGCACCAGAGAUGCAGUGAGCUGCAUCCAGCAGCUGGAAAACAUGAAGGAGGCCUACAUCUGUGAUGCAACACGUCUGAGAGAGAGACUUGGCUGCAGCGACCUCACUUCAUCCAUGUCGGACUGCAGCGUUGUGGUGGAAGCAGCCGCCGACUGGGCCGAAGAGGAGGAGGAGGAAGGCUCUCCAUCAGAGGCUGAGCUGUGGUUGGACGAACCGGAGGAGGUUUUUGUCGACGACCCGGCGGAGGUGUCCUGGCUGGCUGAGCUGCUCCACGGUGUGUCUGUGGACGGACCUCUGGUGUUCCCGUCCUCCGACUGGACAGCUGUCACCAUGGAAAUGAAACAGGUUCUGUGGAGGAGAGCUGAUGAAGGGGCAUCUGUGGACUAAUUCACAGCCAGAGGCAAGACGGAUUUAUGACAUGUUCUGCAGCUCCGGGCAAGAAGACACCUGAAAUCUGUGGCCCAAAUGCUUCACUAACGGUUAAGUUAGUAGUAACACCCCCGAACUAACUCCUUUCUGUAUUAAACUACCAUAAUAAUCACAAUAUAAUAUUAUCACUAAUAUUUUCAUUGCAACAAUUGCCUGAGGAAUUUUCUUCCAUUGACAAAAUCAUAAAAGUCUUCCAGAUGCUUGGCAAUAUCACGUAUCGAUGUGUUUUGCUGGUUGCUCACCGUCAACACAGGUUCCAUGGUGUCAUGGGGAGUCCUCUGGACUCUGGUGGAAUCUGACUUUGGAGCGGUUGGACUGUGGUUUAAAACUGGUUGCGCAGUGGUGGGAUGGUGUCUAGGGCCACUGGUUAACCCCACCACCCAUCAUUUAGUUCUUCCUUCCUGGUUUUAGGCACAAA